AUGGCAGCCGCAACCACAUCGAUCUGCAAGUACACGUACAAGCCAUGCACACAUCCGCGGUCGGUCAAGCGCAAUGGCACGCUGCAUCUCCUCUGCGAAUUUCACCGCAACAAGGCCAACGCGAUCCAGAAAACCGAGACCCGGUCGUCGAUUUCCAACGUCGAAGACGUCGGCAACGUUGUGCUCGACACCUUUGACUGGGCUUUUCUGGACGACAUGAUUCUCGCCAUUCAGCGCGACAUCGACCCGCUCUUCCCGUGCACCUGAGCCGCCGAGAUCUGCCGUAUUUAAUUGCCAAAUGUCCAAUACUGCGUCGGCGGCCCGGUUGAAGGGCACGCCUCGACGCCGUCGUACGCGUCGAUAUAUUAUUGCAAUGUCUUCAAGUUUUUUUCGGG